UAAAUGGGGAGGGGGGGUAUGACGGGGCCGUUGGCAUUGUGUUGUCUGUAUGGUGAGCCAUUGACUGGUGCUUACACACCACUAUGGAGUGGCUUUGGAUCGCCGUGACAACGUGUGUGCUGAUGGGGUCCUGCUCUGUCAAAGGCAGUGACUGGUGGUUGGAGUAUGAGGAGGGCAUCCGGCAGUACAGUAAGGAGGCCCUCAGUAAGGAGUUUCCAGAAAAAACUCGUCCCGUCAGCUUCAAGCAUCCCGUCUUCCAGUGUCCAGACAUGAAGCCCUCCCCGUCUGUCCCCUCCUCAGUGGAGUUCGUGAAGGCGGCAGACCUCCGAGUCAUCGCUGCUUUGGGGGACUCUCUAACUACGGCUAUAGGGGCGAACGCCACCACGGUGCUUGGAAUUCCUAUAGAGUUUCGCCAUGUUUCAUGGAGCAUUGGAGGCUAUGGAACUUUUCAAGAGGUCAUAACUUUGGCAAACAUCAUCAAAUUGUUUAACCCAAACCUCCUGGGUGCCUCUCCUGGAAAGACGGUCCACGGCAUGCAGACUCACAUCAGUGACACUGGCUUCAACCUGGCUGUGACCGGACACAACACUUUUAACCUGCCUGGACAGACCAGACAUUUGAUUGACACGCUGAGAGGAUACGAGGGCUUGAACUUUGAGGAAGACUGGAAGCUUCUGACCAUUCUGAUGGGCAUGAAUGACAUCUGUGAUUACUGCAAGGACAAGACGAUGUUCUCCGUGGAUAACUUCAUUCACUACAUGACUGCCUCUCUGGAAAUGCUGAUGAACGAGGUUCCUCGUAUGAUUGUCAACGUGGUCCAGAUCCUGCCCAUGCACCCUUUGAGGGAGGUGCAGAGGCCCACACCGGGCUGCCUGCUCCAGAGGUCUUUCUGCUCAUGCCUGACCGAACCAGCAGCCGGAUCUCCUGAACUGCAGGAGUUGAUGGAGGUCAACCUGGAGUUCCAGAAAAGACUGGAGGAGCUGCUGCACUCUCAUCAUUUCUUCCGGAGUGACUUUGCUGUCGUUCUACAACCAUUUCUGAAAUUUGCAGAUCCUCCCCGCCUCCCGAGCGGGAGGAUUGACAUGACGUUCUUCACUCAUGACUGCUUUCACUUCACCAUCAAGGGCCACGAGGAGCUGGCCAAAGGGCUGUGGAACAACAUGUUUCAGCCUGAGGGAGGAAAGCUGAUGGUGGGCAGUUUUUCUGAUCCCAUCACCCUUGUCUGCCCUCCUGUGGAACACCCGUACAUCUACACCCGGCCGCUCACGGUCCGGUCCAGGCAGCCUGCGCUGCACCGCCCCCCGCCAUCGCUGGCCUCCGUUCUCCUCCUGCUGCUGCUCGUGGCGUUGGCACAUCCUGGAUUCAUGUAGCUCCUUCACAUUUACUCUUCUGCUCCACUGUUACUGAAGGCGGGAAGCACAGAGCUGUUCCAGGACAGCCUUUCAGCUUGAAGUGUGUGUGCUGCACUCGUUUCACUGUGGCUGAGGGUGACAGAAGGGUCUUUAGCAGGACAAACCAGGGUUUUAGGAUUUAGUAAAGCUAAGUCUUUGCACACGCUCUCACUGAGUGAAGCACAGGUUUCCAUAGAGACACUUGAAUACUUACUAGACACUGCAGAUGCUUUUAGAAUUUAGUCAUAAAGUUUCACAUUGAAGUGUUUAUUUAUUACAGUUGAAGCUUCUUUAGCUCAUUUGCAGGUGAGUUCACAGAGAAAUGUCCUGACUUUGAGCUAUCAGUGCACUAAUGAUUUUCAUAUAGAUUGAAGUAAUCCUAGAGUUUUUGAAGAACAAUCGAGCCCUGAAAUGCCUAUAAAAGCAUUUGAUUCUCACUAGCAUUUUCGUUUUUUGGUUUUCAGCAAUGGUAUAAUAGUAACAAAUGUUGAUGUUGUAACACACAACGUUGUCAUGGAUUGAAACCCUGCAGAGCUUCAAAGGUGACGUCUGAAUCUUUGACAUCUGAAGUUUUUCAGAACCAUCUGGAUGAUCCAGAGGAGGCUUAGGAGAAGCUCAAUUGGUCAGAUGAAACCAAAAUGGAAUACUUUGGUAUAAACGCCACUCGCUGUGUUUGGAGGGGAAGAAUGAUGAGUUUCAUCCCAAGAACACCUCACCUACUGCGAUACUUUGGAUAGAAGCAUCAUGGCUUGGGGCUACUGUUCUGCAAAGGGGAAAGAACAACUGAUCUGUAUCAAUGAAAGGAGAGAUAGGACCAUGUCUGGUGAGAUUUUAGGCAAAAACCUCUUUCCAUCAGUGAGAGCAUUGACGGCUGGAUCUUCCAGCAUGACAAAAAUCCCAAACACAUUGCCUGGGCAAAGGAGUUGCUACAUAAAAUUAUUUCAAGGUUCUGGAGAGUUCCAUUCAGUCUCUGGACCUCAAUAGAGAAUCUGUGCAGGGAGUUGAAAGUCUGUGUUUUCCAGCAGCAGCUUCAAGACAUCCCAGCUUCUGCAUGGAAGACGGGACUAAAACAUUAUGUUCAAACAUGCUGAAGACCUACAGGAAACCUUUGACCCUUGUCACUGAAGCCAGGGUUACAAAUACUUAUUUUCUGCAACUUUAUGCAAAUAAAUUUUUAAAAAUGAAA